GUGUUUUAUGAGGAGCGUGGUUGAAUGUUUUCAAUGUGCGAACUGGGUGAAAUGCAGGUUAGUGCUGGCAGGGCCAAACCAGUAAAUGGCGUCAGAUCCAUCGAUAACGUUUCCAUACUAGAAUUCUGUCUGUACCUGUUAUGGCCAACUAUUCCAGCGAGCCUGGCUGCGUGACCAUUCUCUAUGGGUCCGAGAACGGCACUGCCGAGGACUAUGCCCGCUACUUGUGGCAAAGGCUCCAGUACCUUCAGCUCAAGCCCACCUUGAGCACCUUGGAUGAAUACCCUUUGAAAAGUCUCGUCACCGAAACCAAGAUCCUCAUUAUAGUGUGCUCUACCACUGGCCAGGGUGAGCUUCCGUUGAACGCCCGCAAAUUCAUGAAGUUUUUGCUCAAAAAGAAGCUUCCAUCCGACUUGUUGAACCACAUCAAACUCACCACUUUUGGCGUGGGCGACUCUUCCUACACCAAGUUCAACUACGCCGUCAAAAAGCUCCACACACGGCUCCAUCAGCUCGGAUGCUCCGAGCUCUCGCCCCGCUGUGAGGCAGACGAGAUGUCAGCCGAAGGCGUGGACGGCUUCUACAAGGAAUGGGAGCUAAAGGUGAUAGAGAACAUCAGAAGUUACUUUCCCGAUCUUGUGACAAUCAGUGACGAUUACCUUCUUCCUCCAUUGAACCCAGCAUCUUACGAUGAACUGGACGACUUGCUAGACGAACUGGACCUUUCUUUGACCAGGGUGCAAAACGACCCUGAUUUGCAUAUUGGCAAGAUCGUUUCCAACGUCAGACUUACCGAUUCCGACCACUUCCAGGACGUCAGGCAUGUCAUUAUUGAGUCGGAGGAGUUGAAAUUUCUUCCGGGUGACACCGUGGGGUUGUAUCCAAUCAAUGACGACAAGAGCGUGGAAUUAUUGAUUCAGCUGCAGCCCCACUGGAUUCCGUUUGCUGACAAACCACUUCACAUCCUGGGAAAGGUUGCUGCUAUUGAUGGUGGGUUGAUCUCCGCAGAAAAGCUCACUUUGCGGUCUCUCUUCAAGUAUCACCUCGAUAUCGUGGCCAUUCCUCGAAGGUCGUUUUUUAUGAACCUCUGGCACUUCACUAAUGCUUCCACCCCAGACGGUGAGCGGGAGCAGGAGAAGUUGAAGGAGUUUGGAGGGUUUGAAGAUACAGAAGAGUUGUACAACUACGCCAAUAGGCCCAGAAGACUGAUUCUCGAGACCAUAUUGGAGUUCCAGGAUAACCUCGAGAUCCCCAUUCGGUACAUCUACGACCUAUUCCCCAAGAUCAGGCCCAGGCUCUUCUCCAUUGCAUCCAAACCAUCGCCUACCCAGGUGGAGCUCGUGGUCGGAAUUGUGGAGUACAAGACCAUGUUGAGACGGAUCAGAAGAGGGUUGUGCUCGAAGUGGUUGAAGCUGGUGGAUUCUGGCGACCGGAUCGUGUUCAAGACUCACAGAGCCAACUUGAAGUACACUCUUCCAUCGGUGCCCAAUCCUCCGUUAAUCAUGAUUGCACCAGGAACAGGAAUAGCUCCCAUGAAGUCCAUUAUAGAGCACGUCACGGGACACGAGAUAGACCAACAGUUGCACCUCUUCUACGGGUGCAGGUAUAGCGGUAAGGACCUCUUGUUCCGGGAGUUAUGGAACACUUUGGUGGAUGCGCAGAAGCUCCAUUUCUAUCCGGCAUUUUCGAGAGACGAGAACUCUACUGCCAAGUAUGUCCAGGACAGGCUCUUCCAGGAGAAGGCGCUCAUCGGAGACCUCCUCUUGAACCAGAAUGCCAUCAUCUUUGUGUGUGGAUCCAGUGGUAAAAUGCCCAAGCAGGUGAGAAUCACCCUCAUGGAGGUUUUGGUGCACACAGGCAUGGACGAGGCCCAGGCGGGCGAGUAUUUGCUUGCCAUGGAGGAUAGUGGACGUUACAAGGAAGAUGUGUGGUGAUUUGUGAUGGGAAAAUAGACUUCAAUAACAUUUGGUGAAAUUUAAUUAUCGACAAGUUUCCAGUAGUUCGGAUGAAAGUGAAGAUUAUUAGUCAAAAGUCUUUAUCAGGUUUAAAAAGGCUUUUAAAUCUUCAAUAAGAACUCACAAACGGAAAACUAUUCCAUAGAGGACUACAAAUCAUUAUAAUCCUGGCCACUUAACGCCACUCGUGAGCUAGGCAUUCCAUAAAAUAAUAUAUACCCUUGAUUUGGUUCAAAGGAACCAUCAAUACCAGAGCAUUGGAUUUUCUCUAUUCUGACCGGUCGAGUCAUUUCUCUAAAUAGCCCACCACUAGUUCGUCUUAAAAAUUAAAAGACAUAUACUCCUCCUAGCCAACCCACCACUGAAUAGACUUUAAAAAUUAGAAGAAGUUUAUGUGUCAAACCUUCAAGUAUGCACUUAUCAAUAUUAACU